AUGGUUUGCCAGGUUCGAGUACAAUGGAAGGAAGACGUGUCCUUGUGCGAAUUGCGAGACUUGCGGAUGUCAGAAUGGAAAUCCGUGAAGCAUCAAAUGAAAUUCAUGAAAGGAUAUGUGACCAAGAUUGAGUCCAAAAACUGCUGUACUGUGGAAUGGGAUAACGGAUGGCGCAACCACGCCCCGCAAUCUGCGCAUCGUUUGGCAACGUCUGAGUAG